GAGGUUAAACUAUUAGACCAAAAUAGAUAUGUAUCUGAGCAUAAGCAAGUCUUGCUGAAUGCAACUCAGAGUAAGGAAGAUUCAGCCUCAAUGGUGAUUGAUAUCAACAAGAGUGGGAAAGGCUUGGACUCUAGCAGUUAUUCUCCUCCCUUCAAUGAUAAGAGAAUGGGACAGAAGGACGAUGGUGAUAGGUUCAGGGAGGUCUUUAACGAUCAGUAUACAUAUUCUCGACGCUCCAGAGCCUCUCAAUUGUAUGAGAACAGAAUGUCAUCUAGUUCGGUCACCUGAAGGAGUUCAAUUACAAACGAUAACUUUUAUACACAUUUCUUAGAAGAUAUCGAGUUGAGAUAAAGUUCUUUCAAGUUGAAAAGAAGCUUAAGGAAAAUCCAAAAAAGUUUUAUCAAGAGAUAGAUAAUGAAGGAAAUACUAUACUUCAUCAUGCUUGUGAGAGAAAUGUAUUUCAGGUUGUAGAAUGGAUCUUGAAUGAACUCUUUGAUCACGAGAAGAUGAAAGUCAAAGGUUUAGAUAUCAGUAUUUCAAGGACAAAGUAUAUAAAUAAGAAGAACAGGGCUGGCCUCACUGCUCUACAUUUUUCAGCUUUCAGAGGGAAUGUAAAAAUGAUUAAAUUUUUGGUAAGGAGAGGGGCAGAUACAUUUGUUAAAGAUAAUGAAGGGAAGAAUGUGGUUCAUGCUUCUGCACAGUCAGAACAAGUUGCAGCGAUAUACUAUUUCCUGAAUAAUCAUAGCAUAAAUAUUGAUGAAGGUGAUAAAAAUGGAUCUUCUGCUUUGCAUUGGGCAGCUUACUUGCACUGAGAAAUUUCCUUAACAUAUUUGAUUGCUUGGGGAGCUGGAGUAAAUAUUCAAGAUAUUGAUGGAAACACUCCUCUCCACUUAGCAGUUCUAAGCGAAGGGGAAUUUCCUAUUAGAUGAGUUAAGAUCUUACUUCUUAAAGGAGCUGCAAGAUUAUUGAGAAACUCAGAAAAUCAUAUUCCUAUUGAGUUAGUCAAUGACAAUGAGUAUAGAGACGAGUUGAUGAGAGAUUUGAGGCCUCCUACUAUUUGGAAAUGUUUUAUGUUGAGUGUUCCACUUACAAAAAUGAAAUAAAGAGUGGUCAACACUUAUCUACUUUUUGAUUUUCAUUACCUUCUUACAAUUUGGAUUUGUAAUGCUGGUAUACCCACUGAUGAGAGGGCAUUCCCGCCCAGGGAUUUGGACUGUUGACCUAUUUUUAAUCGUCCUCAUGAUAAUAUUUUAUGUUAUUGCAACUAUAAAAGAUCCUGGAUACUUAAAAGAAGAUCCUUCUAUUGAUUUCCAAUCAUUACUGUGUAGUACAGAUCCAUAUAAUAUUUGCCCAGAUUGUAAAAUACUCAGAACUCCAAGAAGCAGACACUGAAAUAUCUGCAACAAAUGAGUAGAGAGAUUCGAUCACCACUGUCCAUACCUAAACAACUGAAUUGGGUAUCGAAAUCACUUUUGGUUCCUUCUCUUCAUCAUCAGCAUAACAAUAAUCCUCCUGUUCCACAUAAUCCUACUGAUAUACAAUGUUACCUCUCAAAGGGAGAAUUUAACAGCCCAUUCAUGGACAUUCAUGAGUCACUUAUCACCUCAAAUAUGGUUGAUCUGAUACUCAGUAUUCUUUCUGGGUUCUUGAAUCAUUUUCCUGCCAUUCGUUGGGAUCCUCUCCUUUGUUCAUCUCCAGAAUUUCAGUAAAUAACAUGACUACGAACGAAAGGUAUUCUAAGAACAGACAGAAUGAUGGGGACAACAACUCUGUGAUUACUAAGACUCUUUCUGGAGAUCUGAAUCCUUCCCAGUUGCAGGCUAGUUCCCAAGCCAGGAAUUCGAACAGUGUAGUCGAGGAAAGUAAGGAUUCGAAUGGGAAUUCAAUGAGGGAAACUUUCAUCGGGCCGAGCAAUCCGAGCUGUUUUGGCAAUUGUGUGCGAAUGAUUAAGUAUAAAGAACCCUCUCAGAAGAAAAUGUAUGACGAGAUCAUUGGGGCUUAAUUAAGAGUUUUUAUUCCAUUUUGACUUGGC